AUGGUUAGAAAUUUUGAUGAUAUGUUUAACGAGGUUUUGUAUAGUAAAAGAAAACGGCAAGAUAACACAGUCAUAGAUAAUUGGAUCAAUGAGUGUUUACUCCAAGAUUCAGAAGAAGAAGAUAUCGAUAGAAGCUCUAUCCCAAUUACUCGUAGAUGGAUCAACAAAGAUCGAGAAGCAGGACAUGAUCACCUUUUUCAAGAUUACUUUGCAGAUGAACCGGUGUAUAAUGCUGACAUUUUUCGACGGAGAUUUCGAAUGAGAAGACAUGUGUUCCUUCGGAUAGCAGACGCUCUCUCAAACGUCUAUCCGUAUUUUCAACAGAGGGUUGAUGCAACUGGAAAAAGAGGCUUGUCGCCACUCCAGAAAUGUACCGCUGCGAUACGGAUGUUAGCAUAUGGCGUAGGAGCUGAUGCUGUUGAUGAUUAUGUGCGCAUAGGUGAGAGCACUACAAUUGAAUGCUUGGAAAAAUUUGUUGAAGGUGUCAUUUCGGUGUUCGAGAAUGAAUACUUUUGA